GAGGCCGCGCUCUCUGUGCCGGCCCGGCCUGUGGUGGUAGCGGCGGGGCCCGGGACUCCUCAGACAUUGCGACCAUGGAGAUCGGCACCGAGAUCAGCCGCAAGAUCCGGGGCGCUAUAAAGGGAAAAUUGCAGGAGCUGGGGGCUUAUGUUGAUGAAGAGCUCCCUGAUUAUAUUAUGGUCAUGGUGGCCAACAAGAAGAGUCAGGAGCAGAUGACAGAGGACCUUUCCCUUUUCCUAGGAAACAACACUGUCCGGUUUACUGUAUGGCUACACGGUGUGUUAGAUAAACUUCGGUCUGUAACUACUGAACCUACUAGCCUAAAGUCUUCAGACUCUAACAUCUUUGAGAGCAACUUGCCUUCCAGCAAAAGCAGUUCAUGUGGGAGUGAUGAAAGACGGUGUGAGGAAAUGCUACCACCUCUUGCAGUCUCCAGCACUCGGGCUGAAAGAAACGAUUCCAGAGUUUCAACCAGCUCACAAGAGCAGAGAGCUGCUGCUGCCCGGCAGUCUUAUGAAGAUGGAUCUGCAUCCCGCUUAAUGUCAACAGUCAGGCCUCUAAGAGAGUUGUCGCCUUCUGAAGCUGUGAUUGACAUUAAACCUGAACCAGAUGAUCUCAUUGAUGAAGACCUAAAUUUUGUGCAGGAGAAUCCAUUGUUGUCUCGGAAGAAAGCUGUUGUAACUGUAACUUAUGGAUCUUCCCGUCCUACUGCUGAAAUCUACAGACCACCAGCUAGCAGAAGCACGGACGGCCAUAUACAUUUACAAAGAUUGCCGCAGCAAGGCAGUCUACAGGGUGGUAGGCAGUUGGACAUGGAAAGCUGCAGGUCUUUGGAAACAAUCCCGCUAUGUGAUCCAGAAGCAUUUGGCAGCUUAGCAGAGAGUUACAGGCCCACCUCCAAACUGAGUGCUGAUAAAAUAAGCAGUGAGGAAGAAAGCUCCAGGAAGAGAAAAUUGCCAGUUAUAAGCUCAGUGGUCAAAGUGAAAAAGUUCAGUAAUGAUGGGGAGGAGGAGGAGGAGGAGGAGGAGGAGGAAGACUAUGGGUUACGAAUAGGAAGUAUCUCCAGCAGCGUGUCCGUACCAGCAAAGCCUGAAAGAAGACCUUCACUACCACCCUCCAAACAGGCCAAUAAGAAUUUAAUACUGAAAGCUAUAUCUGAAGCUCAGGAAUCAGUUACAAAGACAACCAACUAUUCCACAGUUCCACAGAAGCAGACAGUUCCAGUUGCACCCAGAACAAGAAUUGCCCAAGAUGAAACUCUAUUAGAAGUGAUCCAUGUACAGAGCCGACCUUCCAGAGUGAGCGCCCAGGUUGAGGCAGAAGAACCCGAGGAACAGAUAUUAGAAAGAAUUCAAGGAACUCAACAAACGCAGCUCUUUUCCCGACUCCAGACUGAACCGUUAAUUGAAGAAACUUUGCAAAUGACUCAAGAUUAUUAUGACGUGGAGUCUGUGGUCCACACUGAUACUAGAUCAUUUAUUCUGAAAAAACCAAAGCUAUCUGAGGAAAUAGUAGUGCUACAGAACCAGGAAUUGGGAAAGAAGGCUGCAGAGGCAAUGCGGGCACUUUCAGGACGUCUUAUACAGACAAGAGAGCAGCUUGCACAACCAGAAAAGCCUGCUAGUCCCAAAUUCAUUGUGACACUGGAUGGUGUGCCCAGCCCACCAGGGUACAUCUCUGAUCAAGAAGAGGAGGAGAGCUGUAUAACUGAAGGAGUAAAGCCAGUUACCCAAAAUGCAGCUGCAAACAAGGGAUUAAAAAGCUUUCAAGCACAGCAGAUGCAGGUUAUAAGCAGGCAGCUGGAGAGCCCUUAUGUGGAGAUGGAGGAAUUGACUGUGCUGCAGAAACAAGAGAAAGUGCUUGAGCGUUGCAAGUACUGGCCUGCCUGUAAAAAUGGAGAUGAAUGUGCAUACCACCACCCCACAUUACCAUGCAAAGUCUUUCCCAGUUGCAAAUUUGCUGAUAAGUGCCUGUUUAUCCACCCCAACUGUAAAUACGAUGCAAAGUGUACUAAGUCAGACUGCCCUUACACUCACGCCAGCCGACGAAUCCCAUUGCCGCCUCCCAAACCAGCACCACUACAAGCACCACCAGCAAUCUCCAACAGUCAGCUCUGCAGAUUUUUCCCUGCUUGUAAGAAAAUGGAAUGUCCAUUUUAUCAUCCAAAACACUGUAGAUUUAACACCCAGUGUACAAGACCAGACUGCCCAUUCUACCAUCCCACUAUUGCUGUACCUCCACGUCAUGCCUUGAAAUGGACUCGAACUCAAACCAGGAACAGUACAUAGGCCCCUGAUAAUCUGACAGUAGAAGAUAAAGGUAAGAGGGAAAGUAGGCAUUAGUAAGCAAUUGUUUUUAAAUAAAGUGAGUUGUUCCACUGUUUUUGAAUUACCAAGCAGUUCAACUGGAAAUCCAAUUUUAAGGAUAAGUGUAGGGAGAAGGCACCAUCUUGAAUCUAUCCUCAAGAGAUUUUCUUGUUCUUCAAGCACUCAACACUGCUGCAAAUACUCUGUUGUAAUCAUCUCCCUCCAGGGAGCACCUGUAACUUAUAUAGCAAAGAUAAACCCAUAUAAAUGGUAACUGUGUAGAAAUAGUUUAAAAUCUGUAAUUCAUCUGUUCAAAUUAUAUGAAUUGUUAAACAAUAACAUGAAUGCACUUUUUUAUUAAAUCUUUUGUAUCUUUUGGGGAACCACAUUUUCACAAAAAUAUACAAAAGAUAUUUUUUUUACAAUUAUUUACAUUAGAUAUCAGAAAACAAUGUUACCUACAUAUUUUAAACUCAAAUGUGACAAAUAUAUUCUUGAAUUCUGAAAUUUAACACUCCAGGAAAUUAUUUUAUCUGCACAAAUAAUAUUUUAAAUUAAUCAAAGUUUAGUUCAUAUUCAAAUUAAAAAAAAAUCUUAUUUUAAAAUAUUUAAUUUAAAAUCUUCAGAUUUUUGCAUAAAUUAACAUAAAACCUACAGUAUUGUAUGAUUACAGGGAUUAGAUGGCCAUGGUCAAAAGCAAAAUGGGAGCACACUUAAAACCAUGAUCCUUAUUACAGUAAUACAUGAACAUAUACCUUUGGACUAGUUUAGAAUACAUUUUUUGGUUAAAGCAAGAGGGAUUGUCUGACAGACACCAUAAUGAAACACAAACAAUCUAAAAAGACAACUGGAUCAAUGAUUUUAAGCUUAACGAACUUCAGUAAGAAAUUUUCCUAGACAAUUGAGCAAAGGAGCAUAGGAUGAAGAACAGUACCGAAACACUGAUUUCCAUCCCUUCUCUCCCGUCCCCGAAAUGAAAAGUAAAACUGCAAAUGAAAUUUUUUUAACAGAAUUUUCGAAUACAUCCAUUAGCUAGCUGCACCUUUCAGAAGCAUCUUUUCUUUUUGGGUAUGAGACAAAAGUGAAUCAAUCAUGAUAGGGCAGCAAAACAGAUUAAUUCCUACACUGGUCUAAUUUCAACGGCUUUGAUGUCUAUCACCUAUUGCUCAAAGUUUAGAAUAAGGCAAUCUGCUGAUGUGCUCCGCUAAUAAAAACAGUAGGUGACCAACCCACAAAGUCAAAAAAAUAUUAAUUUUAAUCUAAGGGGAAUUUUUUCUAAUGAGUGCCAUUUAGAUUGAUUUUACAUUAUUUUAAAUAACUACUGUGGUCUUGAUCUUAUUUUUAUGUAAAACUUUACAUAAAAUGUACAUUUUACCUUUCUUCACGCAUUAAUAAUGCAGCUUUUCCAUUACUUAGUAUAUGUUGUAAACUCAGAAAUGAACUAAAAACAGUUAAACAGUGCUCACAAAUACCAACUAUUUGUUCGUGUUAAAAUUAUAGUAGCUAUUCGAAGCCCAAAAAACACAACACUAUGACAAGUAGUAGCAGUAAAGGAAAAAUAGGCUAGAACUAUGGAAAGCAUUAUCCGACAGCACCAAGAAUUUCACAAAGGAGUAGUAAACCAGCUUUAUCAUGCAGUUUGUGUCAGUGGUGACACUUGGAGUUUCUUUAUAAAAUGAAUUUACUACAGUUCAAAAUAAUCAAGCAUGUCCUGGAUAUAAUACACGUUUGAAACAAUUGUCGAACUGUAAGAAGUGCCUGUCACCGUUCCAUAGUUAUGGCUGAGCAUUAAGUUUUGUGUUUUUAAGUCUUAUACUGAAAGUAGGACUGCAGCCACUUUAUUACGUAGGAAGAUACCGUGUGUCCUCCCAAAACUACAGCAUUUUCCCCUUUGGGCAUAGAAUGAUUUUUUUGAGAAUUUAUAAAUAAAUCUUAAUUAGUUUGACUCUUUCAAAACAGCUGCCUUAGCUGCUUUUGUCCUCAUGGGAGUGAGACUGAAAGUGCCCUUACCUAGCAAAUAUGCCCUCUUUCAAAAUGGCCACCAAUGGGAGGCAGUGGCCAUUUUAAAAGAGGGCAUCUUUGCUACAGUCUCAGACCCAGUGAGACUAGAGGGCUGCCAGUUUGAAAGCAGGCAAUUCUUAUAUUCAUCAGCCCCUGCAGAAGGAGAAACUUUUAAUUAAGAAAAAUGGCAGAAAAUGAACACUAAUCCUAAAACUUCUUUUAAAGAACUACCUGUUACACCAGAUUGAUUCAACAGGUAUGGGAAACUCUGGAGAGAUGUGCAUGGGAAGUUGCGGGGGGAAGGAAUAAAGGAAAUGUCUUUAUGGAUGCAUACUGGGAAACGUGGAGUUUAGGUGUUAGGAGAAAUUGACUAGUACACUCCAGUUGCUUUGCACUGCUCUUGUGUGGGAUUAACAGCAAAAAUAUCUGGUGAAUCUGGUCCUAGAAGAUUUAAGGGUGAUACCACCCUCAUCAAAUCCUUACAAAUAUAAAAUAGCAACAUUCUCUUUGGGUUUCUUGUUUAGUGCUCUUCUAUGACAGCUGAACUAAUAUAAAACUCCCAGGAACUAUUCUAUAUUAAAGAUAAGAUUAAUAGUAUAUAUCAGUAAUUUAGAGAUAAAACCAUUACUGGAAUCUUGUAACAAUUCCCCAAAAAAGCAUUACAAACCCAGGAAAUUCAGAUUUAGGUUAAGUACAAGAGAAAUCCAAAUGUGUUACGGUAUGGAUAAGACACACAAAAUGUUAACUCUGUCUUCUAGUACCACCAUUGGGGGGAGGCGAGGGGGAAGACUUUAAAAUCAGUUUAAUCAAAUGUAGGACUACAAACAUUUAUGCACUCAUCGUAAGUGUAUGGUUAUUGCAUAGUGUCACUAUAGGGCAGAGUUGAGAUUGUUUGGGUGACUCAAUUUCCAUACCUUUACACAUUUGUGUAUUUAUUUUAACUUAUGCCUUAAACUCUCUCCUGAGUUAUUUGUUUCUUGCUCACAAAAGCACUGCAAUUUCUUUUUGAAUCCUUAAAUUACUGAUUUGUACUCACUCGUAACUCCCAUCUCAAUAUAAUUUGUCAGUAAUUCAAAGAUGAACUAAUGAGUACAAGCUCAUUAGCGAGAUUUGUGCAUCUCCCUCCUAAGAGACUGUAAUUUCUGCAGGCAGCUCAUGGGUACCAUUUUCACAAUGUAACAUCUUAUGGAAUUUCACAAUUCUUUUCUUUAGUAGAAAAAACCCAAAGUU